AUGCCGAUGCGGUUACCGGAAUAUUUAUCAGAGGAAUUUUUGGAUCACUUACCUGAUCGAAUGCGACGAUUAUUUGAGAUGACGGCCGAUCGAAAUUCUCCGAAUCCUGGAAUUGACAAUGCACGUAGAUCCAGCUUUCCAUUGGUCAGUCAGGAUGCAUGUGUAACCGAAUUGAGACCUGAAACAAACAGUAGAGAUUAUGAUAGCGAUGGUUUCCAAAAUCAGAGUAUUACAAACCAUGAAAGCUGUAAAAUUCAAAAUACUCACAAUCAGCAGUUACGACGUUCGAGUAGAAAUGCUGCAAAGAAUGCUGAUAUUCAACGCCGGAAUCAGUUAGGAAUUCAAGCCACGCCGAAAAUCAAGCCUAAAAUGAAGGAUCGAAAAUUAUUGCGCAGAUUGCACGAGAAUAUUUUAGAUCAGAGAAGAGAAUGGCGCAGUGCUGAAAUAAAAAUUGAUUCGAUCGAGUAUCAAGAAGCACUCGAAGAAGGCGAUUUAUUUUUCCUGAAUGAUGAUCAAGAUGAGAUCGACGCAAGCGGUGCUGAUGAAGCGAAAGCUGGAAACGGUGCACAACCGUCAGGUGAAGAAACCCCUGAGGCGUCGAUUUUGCAGUUUCAACCUGAUUAUGAACUUGAAGGUGAACUUUCCCGGUCGGAUAAGUACAUGAAGAAUAUAGCAGAGUCCAAAAUGGCUCAAAUUUGUAAUUUUGAUCCGGUAAAUUUUGAUAAAAAAAUUGAGAUAAAAAUUGAAAAAAGGCCAGAAGAAUUAUUUCCGAAAACUUUAACAGAGGAGGAAUUAAUUUUCCAUAAAUGGGCCUAUUCAUCUGCUGACAAUCACGAUAGCAACGAUAAGGUUAUUGCUCAGCGAGUCAUUGAUUCUGAGAAAGCCAUCUCAAAAACCAGAGAGGAUGUAGGCAACCUAUAUCUGGAGCUGCGUGCUCAAAUAGCGAAUAUGAAAUCAGAGUUAAAGAGAGAAAAUGAUAAAAAAAUCGAAGAUUUGAAAUCAGAGAUGAAAUCAAUUUUUAAAGCUUACAAAGAAACCACCGAUAGAGUACUCACAUCUCACGUCCUCAUUAUGAAUAAAAUGAAGGAAAGAAAUAUGUACCAAGGUGGACUAUUAUAUCAGAUGCAGUUACAACAUGUUGAGUUUAUCGAGAAUAUGGAAGAAGAACGUGCUGCAUAUUUUGAAUGGAAAGAUCACGUGGAUGGAUUUAUAGAAAAUCUCCACGAACCGGAUGAACCACCCUACCAGCCCCCUGUUGUGCCACCAGUUGCGCACAACGUGAACAGUAACAUCGUUGGUAACACUGCCAGUCGCAGCAGUGGAAAUACCAGUAAAGGUGUGGGUCUCUUCCGAGGAAGGAGGGACUCAAAUGAUCGAUCUAGAUCCCCCGCCCCUUCCAGGGGCAACUCGAAUUCGAACAAUAACAACUUCAAUAACGACAGACAUUGCACUCCGAGUAACGGUAAUCGAAAUAGAUCAUCAUCCAGAGAUUCUAGAUCCCGUAGAUCGCGUUCGCGAAGUAACACACCGCGACGCGACAGCCACGACAGCCGAGGCAGCAGCGAUCGACGCGAAAGCAGAGACAGCCGCGAUAGGCGAGACGGUAACGGCAGCAGUGAUCACAGUGAUCGUCGUGAUCGACGCGACAGCUACAAUAGUCGCGAUCGAGAUAACAGAGAUGAUCGAAAUAAUCGUAGUGGCGAUGAUCGAAGGAGCAGCGAUUAUAACAAUAACAGUAAUCGCAAUUACAAUGCCAAUAACAACAAUGGCAACAGAGAUGAUCGAAACAGUCGACGUAACGAUGAUCGAGAGCCUGAAAUUGAUCCAAGAUGGCUUCAGGCUGAGCGUGAGCAGCAAAACCACCCCCCAGAGCGCAGGCUAAAUUAUCGAAUCCAGUUUGGCGGUACCAAUACCAACAUUAGGCCUGAUAGAUUGCGCGAAUUUGGUGUUAGUUAUUCAGAAGAAAAUAAGUACCAAGUUUACAAUUUUAUUCACCGUUUUGAGAGACGUAUGCAGCCAUAUCAGGUAUCUCAAAGUCAAUACUGUGAUGCUCUGAUGGUGCUUAUCGAUGAUAAGCUGAUACAUAUGGCACCCUGGAAAGAUCUUCAGGAAAAUAGCACUGAUUAUUAUCAACUCAGAAAGGAUUUUAUUGAUUGCGCUUGGAGCCCUCAGAGGCAAAAUGAGGCGAGAAAUCACUUUAGGAAUAUGUCAGUGUGCAAAACGUCAUCAACCACUCAGUGCUCUGAGUUAAUGAUAUGGUUGAAAGUUCUGAAGACCACCAAUUCACCAUUCGAAGAUAUAAUAAUGAUGAUUUAUUAUAAACUAACAUCCAGUCUCAGACCUCGUUUUACUGAGAUUGAACUUCAAGACAUCAACAUCUUCGAAAAAAGGCUAAACGCGAUGACUCGUGUGGAAGAGUUUGCUCAGAAACCAGCUGAACCUGAAAGGCCUACUCAGACUCGAAAUAUUCAGCAGAGAUCUGAAAAUCGUCGAUCUAGCUUUGGUGGAAAAGAUAGACGCUCUAAUUCGUACAAUUCUCGCAACAACAACAGUGAGAGCAAAAAUGAGCGCACAACUGAUCAGCAGAAAAAAUCGUAUGACAAGUAUAGAAACCAGCCCAAAUCAGAGACGAUGAAAAAUGGUCAGAAAGAGAAAAAAGAUGAGCACAGGUAUAAAAAGCCUAACAAAGAAAACGCUCAUCAGGUGAAUUCAGUCACUGGAAAAGAAGAAACGCAAUCAGAGACUGAAGUUUCAGACGAACAGACCCCCCCUACAUCACCAGAGGGGUCUAUUGAUUCAACAGGAAUGCCGUCGGGAAACGAGUAG